AUGGAAGUAGAGCUGGAGCCGAUGGAAGCCUUCAUGCACAUCAGGAUGGUUUUUGUUGAUGACGAAGGAGAAGAACUCCAUGUGGGAAGUAUGAUGGCAAUGACGACGGCCAGAGUGUACAACGCGGUAUUGAACGUCGAGGAGAUGAUUGUUCUAUGGAUUCACCGAAGAGGUGUGGUUCACCCAGUGGAACCGGACGGACCUCGCGCCGAUGGUGGAGACCCUCCAGUACCAGGAAUGAACUUUCGUGGUGGCAUCCCGAGACUGGCGAUGAUGUGUGCUCAAAAGGUGGACGAGUUGAUGAAGUUCGUUGAAGUUAGCCCUGAAAGUCCAUUGAAGGUGACUCACACGGUUGAUCCUCGAGAAGUACUACCAGUUGUGGAUGCCUGGGUUCCUGCAAUGGAAGCAGAGCCUGCUGCUUUGGACAAGAUGGCCGCGAUCAAGCGCUACGAGGGCUCGGAGGCUCAGCAGAUGAGAAAGGAUCCAAAUGUGGUCAUUGUUCCUAGCAAGCUGGUGUUCACAAUCAAACCGGGAUUGGAGCCAGGUAAGAUCAGACGGAAGGUCAGGUGUGUUGCCUGUGGAAAUUUCUCUGGUGAGUCCGCGGAGGAGCUUGGGGAUGUUUAUUCGGCAGGUGCAACAAUUGACCUAGUGAGACUUUGUCUGGCGGAGAAGAAUGCCCAUCAAGGUUGGAUCGCAGCCACUGAUGACAUCAAGACAGCUUUUCUACGGGCGCCGAUUCCGGAUCUCUCGAAUGGACGCAAGUAUGCAAUGGAAGCACCAAAGGCAAUGAUCAGAGCUGGUCUUGCGGAACCAGGAGAGCUAUGGUUAGCUACAGCCGCUGCGUAUGGCUUUCAAAGGAGUCCAAAAUGGUGGUCAGAACACAGGAAUGCUACAACUGCAAAGGCGAAGUGGCGCUCUCCAAAUGGUGGUGAAAUGAGGAUAGUUCCUCGUGUGACUGAUGAGAAUCUCCACAAACUAGUGGAAAUCGAUUCGAGUGGAAAGGAGUCGAUCGUAGGCUACAUCCUCUUCUAUGUCGACGAUACGUUGGCAGGAGGACCGCCGGAGUACGUGCACGGAUUCUUUGAUUGGUUGGAG